AUGAAGCACCACGACGGCGAAAAGCAGCGCCGGGUCUCUGUCGACCCUGGCACCGCCAACCCGGCUCUUGUCCACGAGGCUGCGGCCGCUACCGAAUCCGAGCACAACAUGGGGCUCGUCAAGUCUUUGAAGCUAUACAAGAGAGCCUGCCUCUGGUCUAUCUUCUUGUCCACCUGCAUCAUCAUGGAAGGAUUUGACGUGGUCCUCCUGAACAACCUGUUUGCGUAUCCUCCCUUUCAGAAGAAAUUCGGCGUCUUGCAGCCGGAUGGCACCUACCAGAUCACGGCUUCUUGGCAAUCAGGCCUGUCAAACGGUACCCUCUGUGGUCAGAUCUUUGGACUAUUCGCCACUGGCAUCAUCGCCGAUCGAUUUGGCUACCGCAAGACCUUGAUGGGCGCUCUGGCUGGCUGCAUUGGCUUCAUCUUCAUCGUCUUCUUUGCCGAGAGCCUCGUGCAGCUCAUUAUCGGACAAAUCUUGAUCGGCGUCCCCUGGGGCGUCUUCCAAACCCUGACAACCACUUAUGCUUCCGAGGUCUGCCCCACGCACCUCCGAGCGUACCUCACAACGUACGUGAACCUCUGCUGGGUUUUGGGCCAGUUCAUCGCGUCCGGCGUCCUUCGAGCCAUGGUGGCUCGUGACGACAAGUGGGGAUACAAGAUUCCCUUUGCCUUGCAGUGGUUGUGGCCCGUCCCUCUCAUCAUUGGCAUCUACCUCGCCCCCGAAUCGCCAUGGUGGCUCGUCCGCCAUGGCCGAGUUGAAGAUGCCAAGAGGUCCCUAGCUCGCUUGACGACCCGCAACAGCGGCGUUGACUUCCGCCCCGACGAAACCAUUUCCAUGAUGGUGCACACCGACCGGAUGGAAAAGGAUCUUACCCGCGGCAUCUCCUACCUGGACCUCUUUCGAGGCAGCGUCAACCGUCGCCGAACCGAGGUCGUUUGCGUGACGUGGAUGAUUCAGACUCUCUGCGGCGCCACCUUUAUGGGAUACUCGACAUACUUUUACCAGCAGGCCGGCAUGGACGUCUCCAACUCCUUCAGCAUGUCUCUCGGCCAAUACGCCCUCGGUGCCGUCGGUACCGUUUGCUCGUGGUUCCUGAUGGGCAAGUUUGGUCGGCGAACUCUCUACCUGGCAGGACAGAUCAUCAUGUGUAUUCUUCUUCUUGCGAUUGGCUGCACCGCCUUUGCUGGUCGCCAAAACGUCGCCGCGCAAUGGGCCAUCGGCUCCAUGCUCCUCGUCUACACCUUCACCUACGACGCCACCGUCGGCCCGGUGUGCUACUCACUCGUCGCCGAGCUCACUUCCACCCGACUCCGAACCAAGGCCGUUGUGCUGGCGCGAAACGCCUACAACAUUGUCGGCAUCGUCACCAACGUCAUCACCCCCAACAUGCUCAAUCCGUCGGCAUGGAACUGGGGAGCCAAGGCCGGCUUUUUCUGGGCCGGCACCUGUCUUGCCUGCGCCGUGUGGACAUACUUUCGCCUGCCCGAGCCCAAGGGACGCACGUAUGCCGAGCUCGACAUUCUCUUUGAGAAUGGCAUCAGCGCUCGCAAGUUCAAGUCCACCUCUGUCGAGAGACUCGAUGCGCGAGUGGACGACGCCUCGGACAAGGAGAAGGUUACCGAGCAGGUCAUGGUUGAGCGCAUCGACAGCGGUCAAUAA